AUGAGGCUGCUCAACGUCUACACUCUUAAGCUGGAGGAAUUCCUCAUCAGCGCGACGCCAGAGUACGCCAUUCUCUCACAUACGUGGGGAGAUGACGAAGUCAGGUUUCGCAAAAUUGCGUACAGCUGCACGCAGGCUGCCAAGGACGCUUUGGGAUAUGUGUGGAUUGACACGUGCUGCAUUGAUAAAACGAACAGCACAGAGCUGUCGGAGGCGAUCAACUCAAUGUACAAGUUCUACUCUGGUGCGACCAAAUGCUAUGUCUACCUGGCCGAUGACCAGGAGCCGACCCGGGACUUCUUGGGCGGGGCGUUUGCAAAUUCCCGCUGGUGGACACGAGGAUGGACGCUGCAGGAGCUGAUCGCCCCGAAAGAGGUCAUAUUCUACGGCUCCACCUGGCGAUUCCUGACCACUAAGCAUGAGAUGGCAAGUGUGAUUUCCGCCAUCACCGGAAUCGACCGUCCGAUCCUAGAGGGCGCGAGGGACACAGGGUUAGAGCUCGACGACGUCUGCGUGGCGCGGAAGCUGUCGUGGGCGGCCAAGCGACAGACGUCAAAAAUCGAGGACCAGGCAUACUGUCUCCUCGGUCUGUUCAAGGUCAACAUGUCUCUUCUGUACGGCGAGGGGGCAGCCGCAUUUACGCGGUUUCAGGCGGAGCUCAUGAAGCAGUCGAACGACACGAGUCUUUUCGCCUGGGAGGGAGAUAUUGGCACGAGGGAUGAGGCCCAGGGCCCCUCCUCUCAAUUGCAGACCCGCCAGACCGUCUAG